UGGCUUCGCAAGCCUUUCGUCAAGCUUCUUCCUGCGCUAGAGCUCGCUGCUAGACGCAAUGGCUGAAGGCAAGAAGGAGGGCAGCAACAUGCAGGCGUUCCUGCUGGACUUCAUGUUGGGUGGGGUGUCAGGUGCUGUUUCCAAGACUCUGACCGCUCCCAUCGAGCGCGUGAAGCUGGUCGUGCAGACUCAAGACGCGAACCCCAAGAUCCGCAGUGGCGAGGUGCCUCGUUACACCGGAAUGGUUGACUGCGCCCAGCGUAUCUUGAAGGAGCAGGGCAUGAAGCGUUUCUGGGACGGCAACUUCACCAACUGCCUUCGCUACUUCCCCACCCAGGCGUUCAACCUGGCCUUCAAGGACACAUUCAAGAAGAUGUUCCCCAAAUACAAUCCCAAGACCGAGUUUUGGCAAUUCUUCGGCGCCAACCUGGUGUCUGGUGGCCUCGCAGCAGCAGCCAGCAUGACCAUUGUGUACCCCCUGGACUAUGCUCGAACAAGACUGGCUUCGGACGUGGGCUCUGGCAAGGCUACUUUCAGUGGCUUGGGUGAUUGCCUGGUCAAGACUGCCAAGGGACCAGGUGGGUUCUUUGCCCUGUACACUGGCUUUGGUGUGUCGGUCGCGGGCAUCAUCGGCUACCGUGGCCUGCAGCUGGGCACCUUUGACACCAUCACGGGCUUGAACCCUUACAAGAAGGAUCCUGGUAUGAUGGGUGCAGUCACCACGUUCGGAGCUGCACAGACAGCCAUCACCAUUGGAGCAGGAGCCACCUACCCCUUUGACACCGUGCGAAGGCGGCUCCAGAUGCAGUCCGAGAAGCCCGUGGAGGAGCACAUCUACAAGGGCACCCUGCAUUGCUUCAAGACGAUUGCUGCCGAGGAAGGCCUCAUGAAGGGUCUCUACAAGGGAUUCCUUGCCAACGUCGUGCGCAGCGUCGGCGGAGCGUUGGUGCUUG